AUGGCUGCGAGGUCCACCGGUGACGAAGAUUUCCAUCGGAAGGUCACCUAUUGUGACCGAGAAUAUCAAGAGCACUCAGUGCGAUAUGAGAUCUAUCAGGUUCCCAUUGACGCCGAGGAAGAAACGAGGCUGCUUGAGCAGCAUGAGAUGCUCAAACUGAUCUAUACCGACUGGAACAAUGGGUUGUAUGCCCCAAUCGUAGGAGAGCCCGAGGCCAUCCUCGACUGUGGUUUUGGGACCGGUGCUUGGGCCUACGAUGUAGCAGAGUAUGAUCCCAACUGCAUGGUUACCGCCAUCGAUAUAUGUCCACUCCUAGCACCUUCGGAUCAGUUGGAGAACAUUGAUUUUCAGAUCGCAAAUUUAAACCACCGUUUAGACUGCGCCGAACCAAACACCUUUGACCUGAUAAAUUCCCGCUUUGUUGCCAGUGGCAUUGCUGCGACGCGCUGGCCCAACUAUUUUCGCGACAUGCAUCGCCUUCUGAAGAGCGGUGGGUGGGUGCAGAUGACUGAAUGGGAUCUUUUCUUCCGUUCGGAUUCCGACAAUAGUGAUGCCCUGCAAGCCCUGCAUGAGUGGUCGAGACUUUAUACGGAAGCCUUGGGCUCGUCCACACGUCCGGAAGGCAAAAAGAGAUCUAGGGUUGUACAGGACUUCGAGGUCUGGAUGCGCAUGGCUGGUUUUAUCAACGUUAGCACAGACGUCCGGGACAUACCUACGUGUGCAUGGCCACAAGAUGCACACAAUCGGAGUAUAGGCGAAGCCAACCUGACGAACAUGAAAGGGCUGAUACACUCGCUGGGCCUGUAUCCUGUCACAAGCCGUCGACUUCGAGAAAUCGAAGAUUUUCAUGACUUGAUUGAAGCAGCGUAUGCCGAACUAAGUGACGUUGGAGCCAAACCAUAUAUCAGACUUCAUACGACCUUCGGUAUGAAACGCUGA